AUGGCAGCCAACCCUCAAAGCACGCAAGACUGGCUGAAAGCAUUCUACGCCGCGGCUGACGCUUUGGACGCAAGAGGGGAGGUAGAGGCGUUUUUCGCCCAGCGGUUUUCUGAGCUGAAGAGCAUGAGACACGCGAUUACAACUAUCGAUGUCCUCCCUGAUAAGGUUUAUCACGGAGCAGUGGUAACUUAUAUUAUCAAGGAUGAUGACAAAGAAGAAGAGGAAAUUAGUUUGCGCGCAUUGACAGUGUUUGGAAAGGGUUGGAGAGGACAAAAUCUGUUACAGUCAUUCGUACAUGGAUCCGACUCCUCUGGUGGAGCGAAAGAGACUGAUUGCCCAGCGCAAGCUGAUACGGACAUGUGUUCACUAGGCCGGUUGAAACCUCAUAGUCACGUCCCAUGA